AUGGCCUCCCCUGCACUUGUGACGCUGCUGCACCUGACGACGGCCGCCAUCCAGAUCGGCAUGAACCUGAGUCCGGCGCCGGACAUGCUGCGCGUCCACCGACUCCAGACGACGGGGCAAAUGGCGCUGCUCCCGCUCGUGCUCAUGUGCUUCAACAACUGGCUCUGGUUGCUCUACGGGCUGCUCACGGGGAGUAUCUUCCCGCUGUGCGCCGCGGCGCUGGCUGGCGAGAUCGCGGGGCUGAUCUUCACGGCCGUCUACUACCGCUGGGCUCGCAACACGCUGGAGGCGCGCCGGACCUGCGGCACCGCCUUCCUCGGGAUGGCACUCGUCACGCUGUACGUGCUGCUUGGGGUCGCCGGCAAGACGGGUCAAACGUUCGACCAACUCGUGCAGACGCUGGGCUACGUGGGCGCGGCCAUCAACAUCUCCAUGUACGCGUCGCCGCUGGCCACCAUCAAGGUGGUGCUGGAGACCAAGUCGUCGGCGUCGCUGCCUAUCAACCUGUGCUGCAUGAUCUGCCUCAACUGCUGCAUGUGGGUGGCCACGUCCAGCGUGGACGGCGACAUGUUCGUGCUCAUCCCAAGCGUCAUCGGCCUCGUGUUCAGCGGUGUGCAGCUCCCGUUGUACUUCAUCUACCGCCCCACGAACCCCUACAUGGACCUGGAUGCCCAGCUGGAAGAAGGCUACGGCGCCACGGCCCCCAAGACUAUCGACAGUGUCCACAUCGACACGGACAGCGUGUUGCCCGCCACCUACCGCGUCGUGCGCCCGUCGCGCGUGGCGCGCCUGGCAGGCUACAAGUACCAGCGCGCGGAAGGAACGCCGCUGGCGAUGUCCUUCUCGGGUACGGAGAAGAGCCCGCGGGUCGACCUCGAGAUGCAGCCGAUGGCCAUGACCCCCAUCGCAGCCUAA